UCGGUGAUGGCGGCGGGGCCUGCGGUUCGCUCUGAGUGCUGACACUGACAGGGACCAUGGACACUGACAGGGAUCACAGAGUUUGUCCCUUGGCCAUACAGCUCCUGCUGUUUGGCAGCACAGGAGAGGUUAAUUAGAGCCCAGGUUCCAAUCCCAGGGCACCCAUUGGAUCAGCACUUGGGGAUACAAACUGACCUUGGGCUCAGGAUGCAGCUGUGAGCAGAGAUUUCCCUGCCAAGUCUGCAGUGAGUCAAGCUCUGCAGAGGAGAUUGUGCCCCAUGGAUGGGAUUGCAGAGGCUCCCUCAGGUCCCCAGCAGGAAUCAUCACUCUCUGCAAGUCCCUGCCAGGAGGUUUAGGUUGGAUAUUAGGAAGCAAUUUCUUCCCAAGAGAGUGAUCAGGCAUUGGAAUGGGCUGGGCAGGGAGGGGGUGGAGUCAGCGUCCCUGGAGAUGUUGAAGGUGAGAGUGGAUGUGGCCUCAGUGCCAUGGUCUGAGAAGCACAGCGGGGUUGGAUCCAGGGUUGGACUUGAUGAUCUCAGAGGUCUUUUCCAACCCAGCUGAUUCUCUGAUUGCCAUUCCGAUGGCAGCACAUGCUUGAGGCUCUAUCCCCAGGGUGAUCGAGAUGUCUGUCCAUAUCUAUCUCCAAGGUUAGUCUGUAAAUGUGUGGUGUUAGAAAAGCAGGCUGAGUUCUGGGCUGGUUGUAGAAGGAGAAAGAAGCCCAGAGGCCAGUGCAAGCUGGCAGCCCUGGGCUUGCACCUGAUGUCCCCUCCCUGUAGGUUCCUGUCCUUGAGCCCAGGCCCUGAGGUGAGGCUGAGAAGUGGCGCGGAGGUGAGGCCAGAGCUGUCCCUGAGGUGAGGCUGAGAAUAAGUGCAAGGCAGAGGUGCUGCUGAGGAAGGAGAGCCCUGUGGUGGGGAAGAAGAAAAGCUGUGAAUGCCCAUCCCUGAGAAGGUGCUGUGUCCAUCCCCUGUGUGCCAGGAUUUGUCUUUCCCAAAGCUUGGGCAGAUGGAGGAGGAGGCUGUGAGGAAGAGGAAGAUGCCUUGGGCCCCCCAGGCAGGCCCCGAGCUGAGGAGGGAGAGCCCGGAGGACAAAUCCCCCCGUGAGACCCUGGUGGGAGAGGCCGUUUUGAAGGGCUCCCCGGUGCAGGAAGGCAGCGGGGAGGAAAAGGGCCGGAGAUCCCCCCACAGGAGGGGCUCCAAAGCCAUCCCAGGGUGCUCUGAGGAGGAAAGAGCCAGCCUGUGCUGGGAAGGCGGCCGGAGCUUGAGGGGGAGCUCCAACCUGGUGGUCCCUGAUCAGCCUCCCAGCAGGGAGAAGACCUUCAGGUGCUUGGAAUGUGGGAAGAGAUUCAGGAAGAGCUCCCACCUGCUCCGCCACCAGCACAUCCACACUGGGGAACGGCCCUACACGUGUAGGGAAUGUGGGAAGGGCUUCAGGGACAGCUCCACCCUGAUCCGACACCUGCACAUCCACACUGGGGCACGACCCUACUCAUGUGGGGAAUGUGGGAAGAGCUUCAGGGACAGCUCCAACCUGAUCCGACACCAGAUGAUCUACACUGGAGAACAGCCCUACACAUGUGAGGAAUGUGGGAAGAGCUUCAGGGACAACUCCAACCUGAUCCGACACCAGCGCAUCCACACUGGGGAGCAGCCCCACAAGUGUAGGGAAUGUGGGAAGAGCUUCAGGUACAGCUCCCACCUGAUCCGACACCAGCACAUCCACACUGGAGAACGACCCUACACAUGUGGGGAAUCUGGGAAGAGCUUCAGUGGCAGCUUCAACCUGAUGCAGUACCAGCACCUCAACACCAGGGAACAGCCCUACAGGUGUGGGGAAUGUGGGAAGUGGUUUCAGACCAGCUCCAAUCUCUUUCAGCACCAGCGGACACACACGGAUGAGAGGCCCUUCCGCUGCACCGACUGCGGGAAGGGCUUCAACCGGAACUCCAACCUCGUCACCCACCGGCGCAUCCACACUGGGGAGAGGCCCUACAAGUGUGGGGAGUGUGGGAAGAGCUUCAACAAGAGUUCUGGCUUGACCAGACACCAAUGGACCCACCAGUAAGGGAAACCCUACCAGUGCCCCAACUGCGGGAAGAGCUUCGGCUGCUGCUUCCACCUCAAAUGAAGCUUCUGAUGCUGAGGCAACCCCUGGAGUCCAGUGACUGUCAGUCCAUCCCUUUCCACCGCAAAGGGCCAGUCCCCUUUCCCAGGGGCAGGUUCUUCCAGCAAAACCCUCCCUGGUGGGGUGUGUGGAGAUUCCUGCCUCGGCUGGGGAUGCCUCCAAGGUCACUGCUGGAGGUUGAAAGCAGAGAUCUCCCCCCGAGCAUUGGUCUGGGAGAGUUCCAUACAACUCUUGUUAAGAAUUCUUGCUUUUGUGCCAACUUGAGUAGAAUUGCUUUAACAAUUGCUUUAGUGUAGAACCCUGUCCUCUCUUAUCCUGUACUCCCGGUAGUUUUAGUGUCUCUAUUGUACAGUAAAUAAUUCUGA